AUGUCUACAGCGUACCUCAAUUCCCUGUUGUUCGUCUUGAAUCGUAGGAAAGAUGCGCGAGGAACGUCCGGGAGUCACAGCGAGAAGCACUCCCUCUCUCGCCCUAGGACCCGCCUGCCGGUGCACGGUCGCUCUGCUCAAGGUAACAUAGCCAUAAGGAUUGAUACCGUACAAGAGUUCGCGGGAGACACUGGCUCCCCCGUCGACGACCCUUUCAAAUCUACUUUGGAAAUGCACGACUCGCACGAGUCAGAGUAG